CAUAUACGUCAGAAGAAGAAGAAGAAGCUCCUCCCACUCAAUAUGGCGACUUAGUGGAGAGGUCCACGCUUGUUUGUUGACAUAUAUUUAAACCUUAUGUUAUAUUAGUAUCAGAUAUCAACAAUGUCGAGACUCAUCGUUAAAAACCUCCCAAACGGGAUGAAGGAGGAGAGGUUCAGGUCGAUGUUUGCUGCCUUUGGCACCGUGACAGACUGCUCUCUGAAGUUCACCAAGGACGGGAAGUUCCGUAAGUUCGGCUUUGUUGGUUUCAAGUCCGAAGAAGAUGCGACCAAAGCCCUGAAACAUCUCAACAAGAGCUUCGUGGACACCUCCAGAGUGACGGUGGAGAUGUGUAAAGCUUUUGGAGACCCGACUAAAGCAAAAGCCUGGAGCAAACAUACCCAGAGCUCAGGCCCGGACAAACCCUCCACUCCUGCAGACACUGACGGCAAAAAGAAAAAGAAGAAAGAGAAAAAGGAAACCGUCAGCGCCCUUGGAAAUUUGGAAGACGACCAGGGAUUCAAAGAGUUUCUGUCAGUACAUCAGAAUCGAAGCCAAGCACCGACCUGGGCGAACGACACCGUGCAGCAAAGACCUGAGGGUGACGGUGAACCGAAGAAGACUCAGAGCAAGAAGAAGCCUGCUUCAGAUGAUUACCUCAACUUUGAUUCAGACCAGUCAGAGGAUGAGGAUGAGGAUGUGGAAGAAGAUGAAGAUGACGAUGAAGGUGCCACUAAAGAAGCACUAAAGUCUGGCUUAUCAGAUAUGGAGUACUUGCGCUCAAAGGUGGCAAAGACAGAUGACACAAUGGAGGAGUGUGAAGAAGAGGAGGAGGAGGAGGAAGACAAAGAUGAAGAUGAAGAUGUGGAUCAUGGCUGUGUACAGCACACAGACAGCGCCUAUGAGAGUGGCGACACCUCAAAGACCAAAACCUCAGUUUCGUCUGAGGAUAAGAAGCAGAGCAAAGCGAAGAAGACUGCCAAGCAAGAUAUGGAGCCGGUGACAGAGUUCACGGUGAAGUUGAGAGGAGCUCCGUUCAAUGUGAAAGAGCAACAAAUCCGAGAGUUCAUGACUCCGCUGAAGCCUGCAGCAAUCAGGAUUGGGAAGAACGAAAGCGGAAAUAGAACAGGUUACGUAUAUGUGGACUUGCACUCUGAGGAGCAGGUGGAAAAGGCCUUGAAGAAGAAUAAAGACUAUAUAGGUGGCCGUUACAUUGAGGUCUUCCGUGUGGAUGCCUCUGGCGGUAAGGGCAAGAGAGACAGAAAGGAAAAAGAAAUUGACAGAAACUUCACCAGGAAGCUCAAAGAGGAUGAGGAGGAGGAAGAUGUCGCAGAGUCCGGUCGACUCUUCAUCAGAAACCUUCCUUAUACCUGCACAGAGGAAGAGCUCAAAGAGCUGUUUGCUAAACACGGUCCUUUAUCUGAGGUGCUCUUCCCGAUUGACAAUCUAACCAAGAAACCGAAAGGAUUUGCUUUCAUAACUUACAUGAUACCAGAGAAUGCUGUGACAGCUUUGGCUCAGCUGGAUGGACAUAUAUUUCAGGGCAGGAUGCUUCACCUGCUUCCCUCCACACUGAAGAAGGAAAAGGUGGAUCCUUCAGACGGCGGCGGUCCUGGCUCUUCGUCUUACAAACGGCAAAAAGAUGCUAAAAGCAAAGCUUCAAGUUCCAGCUCCCACAACUGGAAUACCCUGUUUUUGGGCACAAGUGCAGUGGCAGAUGCCAUCGCUGAAAAAUACAACACCACAAAAAGCCAAGUGCUGGACCAUGAGUCGAAGGGAAGCGUUGCAGUGAGGAUGGCUCUGGGAGAGACACAGAUCGUCCAGGAGACUCGACAGUUUCUACUAGACAACGCUGUCAGUCUGGAUUCCUUCAGUCAGGCGGCAGCACCGAGGAGCACAACUGUGAUCCUGGUGAAAAAUCUUCCAGCUGGAGUGACGGUGUCGGAGUUGGAGGAGCUCUUCUCGCCUCAUGGCUCUUUGGGCCGAGUGCUGCUGCCGCCUUCAGGGCUCACCGCCAUCAUCGAGUUCCUUGAGCCAACAGAGGCGAAACGAGCCUUUACUCGGCUCGCCUACAGUAAGUUUCAACAUGUCCCGCUGUAUUUGGAGUGGGCACCUGUGGGGGUCUUUGUGGCAGCCAGACCAGAACCAGUAUUGGAAAAGAAGGAAGCAGUGAAAGAAGAUAAGAAGGAGGAAGUGGAGGAGGAAGAAGAAGAAGAAGAGGAGGAGGAGGAAUCUGCUCCUGGUUCCACACUUUUCAUUAAGAAUCUUAAUUUCAGCACGACAGAGGAGAAACUACAGGAGACAUUCUCCAAAUGUGGGAAAGUCAAGUCGUGUUCCAUUUCCAAGAAGAAAGAUAAAACAGGCAAGUUGUUGUCCAUGGGCUAUGGUUUUGUCCAGUAUCAGACAGCAGAGGCAGCACAGAAAGCCCUGAGACAGCUACAGCACUGUACUGUGGAUGAUCACCAAUUAGAGCUGAAGAUUUCUGAGAGAGCCACAAGGGUUACUGAGGUGUCACGCAAGAAAAAGCAAGCUGAGAAGAAACAGACAGGAUCUAAAAUCCUUGUGCGCAACGUCCCCUUCCAAGCCACUGUCAGGGAAAUCCGAGAGCUCUUCUGUACGUUUGGAGAGUUGAAGACGGUCCGUCUUCCAAAGAAAGCAGCUGGUACAGGAAAUCACAGAGGCUUUGGCUUUAUUGACUUCCUCACCAAACAGGACGCUAAGAAAGCAUUUGCUGCACUGUGCCACAGCACCCAUCUGUAUGGGAGACGCCUCGUGCUGGAGUGGGCUGAUGCUGAGGAUACAGUGGAGACACUGAGACGGAAAACAGCCGAACACUUUCACGUGGCCAACAAAAAGCAGCGAAAGGCAGAGGUUAUGGAGGGAAUUAUGGAGACGAUGGAAACUGGCGGGGCUGAUGAAGGCUGAGGCCCCUAAAUGCCUCGACACCAAGGCUCCUUUUGUUUUUCUGUAUAAACAGGACUGUGAAUAAAAUGAGGACCUAAAUGUUAUGUCCAGAAGGAGCAAUAGCCGUCAGCUGGGCAACGUUUUGUCAAACUUGAAAAACCUCUGGAUUUCUUACAUUACACAUGUUUUGUAUAGGAUGACGCCUCAAAGAAACAGGACUGAUGUUUCACAUGUUUUAUAUAAAAUUUUAUUUCAUGCUUUAAAA